ACCAUCCAAAAGAUCCAAAAGAAAGAAGGAAAAGAAGGGCAAGUUUAGAACAAACCUUUACAGUAUGCCUAAAAUAAGAAAGUAACAAAAAAACUCGAAUGUCUAGUAUGAGGCUAAAAUAGUGUGACUUUAAAAUUAUUAAGUUAUUUUAAUGUCGUUCAAAAGUGUUUGUAGAUCAAUUCUGUUCGGUAUUCCCAUCGGUGUAACAUUUUUAGAUACUGUUGGAUAUGUUGCAAAAGUUGAAGGUAUUUCUAUGCAGCCGGCACUAAAUCCAGAAUCCACCAACACCGAUUACGUUUUUUUAUCACGAUGGGCUAUCAGAGACUACAAAAUCGAAAGAGGUGAUGUAAUUUCUCUAACUUCUCCCAAAAAUCCGAAGCAGAAGAUAAUCAAACGUGUGGUAGGACUACAAGGAGAUGUUGUCAGCACAAUGGGUUACAAAAAUAGAUAUGUUAAAGUUCCUGAAGGGCACUGCUGGGUAGAAGGUGAUCACACAGGCCACACACUGGACAGCAACACUUUUGGACCCGUUUCCCUCGGACUGAUCACUGCAAAAGCUGUUUAUAUUGUAUGGCCACCUGAACGAUGGCAGAGACUGGAAAACAAACUGCCCGAAUCUAGAAAACCUCUCAGUUUAAAUAUAUAAAUCUCAGUUGAUUAUUUCUUAGUUUACUUUAACAUGAUUAAGACAGCUAUUCAUCAUCUUAUCAGCUUUUUUGAUAAAGCUGGUUAUUGCAACUAUUUAUUUAAUU